AUGUUCUUCUACAAGGCUGUCAUUACCCUCGCCCUUGCCGUGUCCGCGCUGGCAAUGAGCAUUCCUCGUGCCAUCAAUUCCACUCAAGGCUCGUACAUCGAGAUCGCCUCCACGACUGUGAGGUCCGAGCCUUCCUGGUUGUACGGUACUCAGACUGGUGACGCUACCUGGUACGAGACCGGCCUGGGUGCCUGCGGUAUCACCAACACCAACUCGGAUUACAUUGUGGCGGUGUCUGAGAACCUCUUUGAUAACUACCCUGGCUACACUGGCGGCAAUCCGAACAACAACCCCGUCUGCAACAAGCAGAUCACUGCCUCUUACAACGGCAAGUCUGUCAAGGUUACUGUCACCGACCGCUGCACCGGCUGCGCCACCACGGACCUCGACUUCAGCCCGUCGGCGUUCCAGCAGCUCGCAGACCUAUCCGUGGGCCGUCUCCAUGGCAUGACCUGGGUUUGGUCGUAG